CCAAUACAUACUAAUCGCUUAGUAAAUCGAUUCACUGGAAAAGUGCUCAAAAGGUGUAAAUAAGAUAGUGAUUGUUAUUGAUGAACUAAGCCCUUUCAGGUAUAUAAGUACGGCACAGUAAAUUAACCAGUAUUCGAAAUCCAUCAGUGCUUUUGAAUAAUCGACAGUCAAUUAAAGAAAAUGGUUGGUGGAGUAAAAAUUGUGAUACUGGUGCUUUCAUGCGCAAUUUUAGGUGUUUUGGGAAAACAAUGCUAUAGUUGCAACUCGUAUACUGACAAUGAUCACACAGCUUGUAUUGAUCCAAUGAGUCCAUAUCCUUCAGUAAACUACACCACAUGUGCUGACUCGUCCGUUUGUACUCGAGUCUCGUACGUAACCCAGAAACAAUUCGUUGUAUCCAGAGGAUGCGAUCUUUCAAGCAACACUUGCACCGCCAUUUACAAUACGUUGGUAGCUUACUAUCCUGAUCUCUCUACAUUCAACUGCUACUACUGCACUUCUGACUAUUGCAAUUCUCUCUCAGGACUCGAAUAUUCCAAUGAAUUAAAAUAAGGUGAUAAAACCAAUUUAGAAAUUGUAUAGCGUUUGCAAACAACGAACUGAUAUAUUUUAGUAAAUAAUUGAAAAAAUAA